CUGUAGCUUAAAACUUAAUGUGAAAAAGCAAGCUACAAAGUAUUGUAGUUUGCUAUUGGAAAUGCUCUUAGUAAUCCUUUGUCAUUAAAAAAAAAAAAAAAAAAAAAAAAAGAGUUAGUAAUCCUAUCCUAAUCAAAUUAGUUAAUUAAAGUUGUUGAACUGGAAACGAAUUUUAUGACCGUUAAUUUUUUUGUGAGUUCACAAAAUCACAAAGCACAUCACAUAAAAUUACAUACGAAAACAACGUCACAAACAUCGAGCACAAUAAAACAACAAAACACAUUUCAAAUUAUUUUAAAAAGACUUAUUCAAUUGCCUUCCAACGGUUACCCUUUCUCUCUCCUAAACUUGCCAAAUUUACAGUCUUUCUCUCUCUAGCCAUUUUCGUCACUUUUCACAGAAAAUUUCAGCAGCUAAAUAUCGUAGGCAGAAAAAAUGAAGGGGAUGAAAGGGAAAUUGAUGAAGAAACUCAAAACAGUGAAGCAAAUUGGGUAUUUAAACCCAGAUCGAAUACUUCAGGUUAGUGCUUUUGAUGGGUUUGUUGAUAAUUUCCACUUAAAAUCUACUUUUGUAGACAAUUUCCCUUUUAAAUCUAAUAAUAAAUCACAUUUUUCCCCUAAAUCAAAUUCAAAAUCACAACCCAAAUCGAAAAAACCCGAGGUUAUUGAUGUUGAGACUCUCAUGAAAGACAUUGAAGAAGAAGGUACUAAAGAUGAUUUUGAUGAGAAAGAAAAUGCUCGUCCUUCGAUAUUGAAAGACCCAUUUUGUGAACUGGGGGUUUUGAGUUCUUGUUACAAAGAAUCGAAGAAACAGAGUGAUUUUGAUACUUCAAAUUGUGAAGAAUUGAAGAAACAGAGUGAUUCUGAAAUGGAGAUGUUAAGUUCAAAUUGUGAAGUUUUGAAGAAACAGAGUAAUUCUGAAAUUGAGAUAUUAAGUUCUAAUUUUGAAGAAUUAAAGAAGCAGAGUGUAAAUUAUGAAGAAUUGAAGAAACAGAGUGAAUCUGAAAUGGAAAUAUUGAGUUCUUGUAGCAAAGAAUUGAAGAGAGAUAAUGAUUCCGAAUCCGAGGAUUGGAGUUUUAGGCGGCCUGAUAUGGAUUCAGGCACCUUAUUUGAUCCUAAACUUCUCGCCGCUUUCGAAGAAGCAGUGAAAGAGCAUAUCAGAAGCAAAGAAUCAGCUCAAUUGGAAAAUACUAGCAAAAAUCACAAGUACCCAUUUUUCCUACCUGAAGAUCAAGCUGACCCAUUAAUCGAAUUCGACGAAAAAACCAACCCAUUGGAAGAAUUCAAAGAAAAAUGUCCUCCAGGAGGUGAAGAUUCAGUAAUUUUCUACACAACAAGCUUGAGAGGUAUAAGAAAAACAUUUGAGGAUUGUCAAUGCAUUCGAUUUCUCCUCGAAAGCUUCGGGUUGAUCUAUUAUGAGAGAGAUGUGUCGAUUCAUUCGGAGUUUCGAGAAGAAUUGUGGAGGAUAAUGGGGGAGAAAUGUUUACCUCCAAGGUUGUUUAUUAGAGGAAGGUAUAUUGGAGGAGCAGAGCAAGUUUUGACAUUGAAUGAACAGGGGAAAUUGAGGCCUUUGUUUAGAGAUAUACCAAUUAAUUUUAGUGAAGGGCCUUGUAAUGUUUGUUGUGGGUUGAGAUUUAUCUUGUGUUACAAUUGCAAUGGAAGUAGGAAGAUUUUUGAGCAUAAUGAUCAAGAAGAAGAAGGUGGAUUAUGGAGUAAAUGCUUGCAAUGUAAUGAGAAUGGUUUGGUUGUUUGCCCACUUUGUUGAUGUAUUUUUUUUUUUUUUUUUUUUUUUUUUUUUUUUUUUUUUGUGUUGGUUCUUUGGUAUAUGUUUAUUAUUCUUUGAUUCACUUAUUUGUUAUAUAUAAUAUUUAUCAUUAAUUAUAUGUGUAGAUGUACAUGAGAUUUUGCUGUGAAAUGCUAGAAGGUGUUCGGAAGUAAGAUGUAUGAGUUUUUCUGGAUACCAUUCUUUUUGUAUAUAUUAUUAGCCUAAUCUUCUCAUUCGAUCCAAGAUAAUGCUUGGUUCAUAUGAUGUAUUGAGAUAUUGAUUUAUCAAAUGUUGCUUAUAUCUAAUUAUAUUUGACAAUACAAAGUUGGAGGGAAUAAGGGCCUGUUCUCAUUGACUGAA